UUGUCCAGUUAUAUAUGUAGGGUCAGAUCCUGGGAGCUAGGCUAAUUCAUAUCCGCCAUUAUUACUAAUGUAAAAGAGCGCCAUCCGCGGGAUCGGCCGGCGGAGAAACGCGGCCGGGAUGCGAGGCGACGAGGCGGCGGUUCGUAAAACGAUCUUCCCCGUCGUCCGGGGUCGCGGUCCCGCCGGGCGGCUGCCGUUGUUCCGCGGUGACAGAAAUGUGUCGGUAGUGUCUUGUUGAGGCGGCGUCGUUCCGCUUCCUCCAUGAUGCUCCUCGGUCGGAGCUGCUGAUCGAUCUGCCUCUGAGCCUUUCCCGACUCUUCGAGGACACCUGGCGGCGGAGGACGAGUAUUACAGGGGAACAAAGCAGCAGGGGAGCAGCGGUAAUGGAGGAGAAAAGCUACAGGAAGAAAGAAAAACACGCUAUUCUCUAGUUUACUUCAAUCACCAGAGGUGGAGGAAGGAUUCGCGUCGGGAAAGUAGAGACCUACUGAGUUGCUUGUUAGUCUUUACGCCAGGCUGCGGAUGGAUUAUGAGACAACAGACCACAGGGCACCGACAUGUGAACGGCCCCUGUACUCCAGCAUGAAGGAUCUGACAUCCACAGACCCGUCUUUUCAGUCUUUAUUUGGAAAUCUCCAGUCUGCCUCAGCAGCUAACCUGGCCACGUUGCAGUCUUACAGGCCUCUCCUGAGUGACUACGGACCUCCAUCUCUGGGAUUCUCACAGGGUUCCACUGGCAGCCAAGUGCCUCAGAACAAAUAUGCAGAGCUGCUGGCCAUCAUCGAAGAGCUUGGGAAGGAGAUCAGGCCCACAUAUGCUGGAAGUAAGAGUGCAAUGGAGAGACUGAAAAGAGGAAUAAUCCAUGCUAGAGGGCUGGUGCGUGAGUGCUUGGCGGAGACGGAGAGAAACGCCAGGUCCUAGCUACGAACACACCGCCGUCCCUGCGAAAAAGAACCAACAGUGUGUGUCUCAUGAAAACAAUAAAUAACUUGCAUGGCAUUUCCUUUGAGAGGAGGAAGUAAAUGAACAAAGGAUGGAAAAGCAAGCUCCUAGAGGAGAAAAAAAGAAAAGAAAAACAGUAACACAAUUCCUGAUUCCUGAGGGUUGUGGAGGAUCAUUUUAAUUACAUGUGGGUUAUUGGAAUUCAAAUAUCAUGGAGGAUAUCAUGUGUUUUUAUGCCCCACUUUUGGGAUCUUAGUUUUGACUCAAUUUUUAAAGAAAUGAAUUUUAAAGAAUAAUGCAUGCGAAAGGGCCCAUGGUUAAUUUGUAGACACUGCAUGGCUUGUACAGGGGCAGAUGGAGACUUCUUUUUUGAUAGUGUUUGGUCUGUUUUUCAGACCCCUAUAACACACAUGGCCGAGUGAGUGAGGGACAGAAAUGUGCCAAAUGCAUUGGUUCAUUCGUGUUGAGGGUUGGUUUUGGUAUUAAAAAAAUGGAAAAUGCUGUUACUUGCAUCUUUGUAUGUAUUUAUUACUCCGUGUAAUAAAUUGUAUUUUCAA